AUAAUGAGAAAAAACAAAAGUAAAACUGCACCAUUGAUCAAUUAAAACUCACAAGAAAAAAGAGAUAGAAACAAACACGAAAAUAGCAGUUAACGAACACAACAAUAACCAGAAAUUUAAAUCCCAUACAACUAAACAAUGUUCAGCACUCAACUUUAUACCAUAAACAUAGUGACAACCAUAGAGAAAGAAAGCAAUAAAACAUCAAAUGUGCAAGACAGAGACAGCAAGAAAUAUCAAUGAAAAAAUAGAUUGGGUUCGUACGACUUUUGUCCCGUUAACUUUGCAACAGUGUGCGGUCGACUAGUUUAAUUACACAGCUACAAUUUGGCGAGUCCUUUUAAUUCGAUUUAAGUUCUGAUUGUGCAAAACAUACGUACCGGAGUGACACAAAUUCUAAUAAAUAUCCUUUCGGUUGAUGCUAGGCCAGGCUGCUUCUGGUAUGCGUAGAAAAAUCUAGAGACGGUGUGUCUGGAGUGUUUUUUUACAUUUUGCGACGCUAAGGCCAGUGAACAAUAUAAGGCUAUUAAUUAAAUUAAGUUCCUUUGUGCAGGCAAAGAAACAGAUGGUCGCAAAACCUAGCGCAAAAGGUAAUCCUAAGGAACCGUUUCAUUAUGUGAACUGAGCAUUUUUUUUUCUUUCCGGCCCGGACUACUUUGGUGUGACAGUUGAGCAGCAUCGCUGAGGUGUGUGCGUGUGUUGGGUUGUGUUAUUUUUCAUCUCCUGUGCACAUACAUUCCCCGAUGGUGGUGUAGUUGGCGCGUGCAUAUUACGCUUGGCAGUGAAGUGAAAAAAUCCUGAUAAUUCCGUUUCCUCCACCCGGUGUGAUAAGCAGUUCUUGGAUCAGUGACUUCCGAGAUAGAAGUGCAUACCCCUGGGCUCCCAACUGGUUCUGGUAGUGUUCGUAUGCCUGUACAAUAGGGAUUUAUCUCUAGCCUGUACCAUUCGGGGGCUGCAAAGUGAAGUUGAAAAUUGGUGUAUCCGCUGACGCAAAAGAGAAAUCUCAUUAGCACAAACAGGCAGCUACUAGCAGUUUGCCGGGUUGCAGCACCACUUCUGCACUGUCGGCACUGUGUGCAUCGAGCAGAGCGCAUCUCGAAAUCAUCAUUCCGGCUAAGUUCAACGGUUGUAGCAACACAGCUACUCGGCUACUGAUAUUUGCACCAUGAUGGCGGAAUCGGACAACACGGCUGACGCGACCAGACGGCUAAAUGUGAAAAAACAGACACUCGACGAUGCGUACGCAAUCCCGGCCAACUUCCUCGAAAUUGAUGUCGUAAACCCGAUGACAACGAUUGCGGCCGGAAAGAAACGGUACACGGACUACGAAGUGCGGAUGCGGACAAACCUGCCGGUGUUUAAAGUGAAAGAAUCUAGCGUCCGUCGCCGGUACAGUGAUUUCGAAUGGCUCAGGAACGAACUGGAGCGCGACAGCAAGAUUGUUGUUCCCCCGCUACCUGGAAAGGCAUGGAAACGGCAGAUGCCAUUCCGUGGUGACGAUGGAAUAUUUGACGAAAACUUUAUCGAGGAACGACGAAAAGGGCUGGAACAGUUUAUCAACAAAAUAGCGGGCCAUCCACUAGCGCAAAACGAACGAUGUUUACACAUGUUUUUGCAAGAGGCCGCUAUCGACAAAAACUAUGUCCCCGGCAAGAUACGCAAUACGUAAAACGGAUUGAAAAAUGCCACUGUAAGAAGGUACGCAGAACGUAAAAAUAAGUGCAAGAUUAUGGCUGGGGAUUUUGUGAUGAUGCACUCAUGGCGUUGUCUCGUUUCCCUUAUUUCGCGUACAUGCUGCUGGAUGAUGAGUCCAAACCAUCACCACAGAAGAAGGUGUAGAGUUUAGCAAAGUGUAGAGAAGAGAGAUAAAGAAGAAGGAUGUGACCAGAAUGGAAAUAGAUCUGGAAUGACAUACAGAUCAACGGAAUGGGAGGAACACAUCGAUUGUGAUUAUUCUGUCUCUGAGAACAAAACGAAAGUAGUACCACUGCGCUUCACAGUCGGUUUGUUGUGUAUGAUAAGUGUUGGUACAGGCAAAAAUCAGAGGAACCAUACAAAAUUUGCUCCUUUUUGUUGUGUUAAGCAAUCCUAUAUAAUUUGGCAAAACAGACGAUACAAUCAAACUUCUUUGUAAUGAUUCGCGAACCGUGUUCCAAAUUCGCCUAUUCAAUUGAACUUUUUAGUUUGAUGCCACUAUUGAUACUAACGAGAACAUUUGCUCCUGACUACUGAAAUGUGUGAAAUUGAACCAAUAGACUAUUAUACAUAAUAAUAUUAUCAUGAAAGAAUAAGUGAACAGUACCAAGGAAGCCUUUUUCCUGCCUGCAGUAGUAUGAACGGAGGAACUCAGUUAACUUUUUGAGUUCUACACUAGAUAGGAAUGAAAGCAAACUACAUCUCCCCCUUUCAUAUGCGCAUAAUCCACGAAACGUGUCGCGGGUCCUCGCUAAGGAUGAGUCUUGGUCUACUUCAGCAUACAUAUUACUAGAUACCGAACACAUUAUACAAAGAGAUUGAGUUCGUGCAAGAACAAAUGUUCUUUAAUAUCUAUAAAUUCACAAAGUCGAACAAAAGAUAAGAAGAGAAAAAACAACAACAUAAUGGUCACAUGUAUAGAGAGAAGUAGACAAAACAAUUGUGAAACCUAAAAACCUAAAAGCAAACAAUCAAUUGAAAACAAAACACACAAGAAAACGCGAAUGUUGAUUUGCGGUGCUCUCUAUACGAUAAAGCAAAAAUGGGGUUCAGUUGUUAAUGCAGUCGAAGACUAGGUUCGGGUUAUAUAGUUUUGGCUUUUCACUAAGUGUCAGUAAAUAUUGUUUUGCCAUUCAAGAUUCGGCUACAAAGUGAUCGAUAGCUGUUUUUUUUGCAUUUCAGUAGUUGGGAUGUACAAAAUUGUCCUGUGCAAUUGAAAGUGGUUCGUAAGAAACUAAAACAGCUCUUAGCUUAUUGUUAUUCGGCGUACGUAACACGCUGCUGCAAUAAUUGCAAUAUUUAAAAUAUACUAAAUCAAACGACAACAACAAAAAAAAAUCGUACUGCUUCCGAAUUGUUUACCCCGCUCAUUUAGCUCUCGAAGUACGAGCCAUUCAUAUCACACAUUAGCACGCAGGCACUACGCACGUAGUGGAGGAGAACGAUAAUUGCAUCCGCUGGCAUAACAACACAGUUGUGCUGAAAAGACCGGUGAUAUGUAGACACAUUUGGCGAAACAGUAAAACAAAGCCAAUCUCAUGUGCGCAGUGUAGAUAAUAAAACAGAACGAUCAUGUUCGAAAGUGACGAAGAAGAAAAUCAGACGCGAUAGAUGAAGUGACAACAGAAGAAGAAAGAGCAACACAUUUAACCCACAAACCAAUAAUAUGCCCCAAGGAACAGAAUAAACUUUGCGCGGUACUUUUACACAAGCAAAAGAGAACAAGAAAAACUAGGAAAAUGGAAAAUUGUAGGGUAGUGUGGAACGCGGACGCGCGUGAACGAGUGAAAAAGAAGUAUUCAAAGGUGUGAAAAUAUUGAUGAAGUAAUAAAAAGUAAAUCUUUGAUUAUUAUUAA